GUCAAUCCAAAAUCUUCAGCGAGCUGGAUGUUUGAACCGUAUGGAAUGUCCUUGUGAUCUGUUUCUCUCCGAUUGGGUUUCGACCGAUCACAAGCUACUGCAAAAUUUGGAAGUGCCGGCUGUCGAAUCUCGUACUUAUCACUCAGUCUCUGCCCCAUGAGACUCAGAAUUUGGGCUCGCUGUUCUAUCCACGACUCAAUCCGUUCGCGCAUCCCUGAGCUGAUCUGAGCUAAAUCUGCAAUCGGAGUGCAUGCAUUCUCUCUCAAGUGAUCAGUGUCCCUUCGAUCCACAGCAGUAGCUGUUGCGUUCACAGGGGGCGACCUUGUCUCAGAAGCGGGGACAUGACAUUCUCUUGAGCUGAAAAAUAUGCAAUCUGAUGGAAAAGAAAUCUGGAGUGGACUCAUUCUGAAGGGGAAUAAAUAAUACGCAUGGCAUGUCCUGUGUAAUUUGCUCCAGCAGCGCAUGCGUCGUCGAGCAAAACGCAGCGUCUGGACUAGCCAGUUCUGAGACCUGGCGGAAGAGCUCAAGAAUUAAGGAGCCCGAGAAGGAAGAGAGCAGGAGAUUAGUGCUCUUUGGAGAGGAAGAUCAUCGAGAGCCGACAUGGAGGACAGAACGGCAACUCCGAGCUCGGAGCAGGGGUCGGUCCAAAAGACAAGGAAUGGAGCAGGAAUGCAAGCGAUGAACAUUUCUGGAGCCACAACAGAGCCUGCUGCAUCUGCCAUGAAUAGGUACAUUUGGAAGCUGUCGAUUUCGGCAGGUUUAGGAGGACUUCUCUUCGGCUACGACACAGGGGUGAUUUCUGGCGCUCUGCUGUACAUUCGAGAUGAUUUUCAGGCCGUGGACAAGAACACUUCUUUACAGGAGGCGAUCGUGAGCACUGCCCUGGCAGGCGCAAUCGUGGGGUCGGCUGUCGGGGGCAAGAUGAGCGAUCGCUUCGGCCGGAAGCCGGUGAUCAUGUUCUCGGACGUCGUCUUCGUGAUCGGGGCAAUCAUCAUGGCCUCUGCCACCAGCCCCGACAUCAUCAUCGUCGGGCGAACUCUGGUGGGCCUGGGCAUAGGCAUCGCUUCUAUGACUGCUCCUCUGUACAUUGCCGAAGCUUCGCCGGCCAAAUUCCGAGGCGCACUCGUUACCAUGAACGUGCUCAUGAUCACGGGCGGUCAGUUCGUCUCUUAUCUCAUCAACCUUGCUUUCACCAAGGUACCUGGGACAUGGCGAUGGAUGCUUGGAGUGGCGGCUGUGCCUGCAGUUGUGCAACUAGUGGCCAUGUUAUUCCUGCCAGAGUCGCCUCGCUGGCUCUACAGCAAGGGGAGGGUGGAAGCGUCAGUCGAUGUUCUGAGGCAAAUCUAUCCCAACAAGGAACAACUGGGCCGAGAGGUGGAGGAGCUGCAGAAGUCUGUCGACGACGAGCUGCGAGAAGAUGCAGAUGAUCGGGGGUCGAGGUUGAUACACGAACUCAAGAGCAAGAAGGAACUCCGCAUGGCUCUGGUGGCUGGCGUCGGCCUUCAGGUGUUCCAGCAAUUCGUGGGAAUAAACACGGUGAUGUACUAUGCGCCGUCGAUCGUGGAGCUCGCGGGGUACGCCUCGCAUCGAACGGCGCUGUUGCUGUCGCUGGUGGUGGCAGGGAUCAACGCGCUGGGAACCGUGGCGGGGAUCGUCUUCAUCGACCGGCUGGGACGCAGACGGCUGGCCAUAGGCAGCCUGAUCGGCGUCGUCGGAGCGCUGGUGGUGCUGACGGUGGCAUUCCACCUCACCGACGGCGACUCGCCGGCGGUUGCCAUUCCGCUCAGCUUCUCCCAAGCUCCGGGCUACACGUGUCCCCUUCUGUCCGCCCCCAACCGGUCCCCGUCCGCCGCUCUCGACUGCGUUUCCUGCCUCAAGGCCAGUGCCACCUGCGGCUUCUGCGCUGCCCCUGGCAACGAGAUGCAACCGGGACUGUGUCUAGUCUCGAACAAGACGGUGGACGAGUUGUGUGGAGAUUUGUCGCGCUCGUGGUUCACCCGCGGAUGUCCGAGCCACUACGGCUGGGUGGCCAUUCUCGGCUUGGCCUUGUACAUCUGCGCAUUCUCGCCGGGGAUGGGGCCCGUGCCGUGGUCGGUGAACUCCGAGAUCUACCCUCUGCGAUUGCGGGGCGUUUGUGGAGGCAUCGCGGCCACUGCGAACUGGUGUGCGAAUCUGAUCGUCACGCAGUCGUUCCUCACUCUGACCACCGCCAUCGGCACUUCUUACACCUUUCUGCUCUUGGGCGGCAUUUCCAUCGCCGCCCUGCUCUUUGUUUUCCUCUUCGUGCCCGAGACCAAAGGCCUGUCGUUCCAGGAGGUCGAGACCAUGUGGAGCCGUCGAGCCGCUCAAGGCUGGGCCCGCUCGUGGGCCCAAGCUCAAGCUCAAGCUCAAGCUCGCCCCUCCAGAGAUCCCGAGUCGGUAUCUCAGAGUCACGCGUUGUAGAUUUCGCAAGGCUCCGUUCAUUCAGGCCUUCGUUUGGACAGCUCAUGUUCAUGAACUAUGCCUUCCGAACAUCAAUCGGAGUUCCGACGCGCAUGGCUCAUGAUUUGUUUGUGAUUCUCUUGUCGAUGAUCGCCUGUUGCCAUUUUGCUAUCUCGAGGCCAAAGUCGUAUCGGAGGACUGCGGUCGGUGCUUCUCCUCUUCCUUAUCAUGUCAUCUGUGUUCAUUGGUUGUGCUCGUGUAAGGCGGAAUCAAACCAGCCGGUUUUAGGUUUUGUCCGACUUUCAUUCAUGUACAAAAGAAAGCAUUCUUUCAUGAACUGACAACGAUUUUUUCCCCUGUGGUUUCGACUGAAGUAUCCUUGUGACACUCUCCAUUUUACCAUCAUCUACCAUAUAUUCUGCAAGGGCACAAUUUAUGCUACAGUAUAAACUUAACUAGACGCCACAGUAAUAAUGUGAUAUAAAUUAUAUGGCGUCUAAUAAUUAUGCAAUUAUGCACAAUGCUAGAUCGCCUGGGCAUGAUCCUCAGUUCAAUCUUUUAAGGGCGUAGUUAGAACACCAAUCCAGGAGCAUUGUGCACGUAAAUCUCUCCCGGACGAUGGACAAGACGUUUCAUAAUGAAACAACACGUCCCGGAUUUGCGAGGAAGGGACGAAGGACAUCGAAAGGCCAGAACAAGAUGCCAGACUAGAGUAUGAAAAAAAUGCAUCUUGCGAAGCGUGACAUGUCUGGAAGAAAAGAAAGGAAAACGAGCUAAGUGUGCUCUCCAAAUGGAUGAUGAAGAGU